CAUCCCAACCCCACGUUUUCUGAGACACUCAACUGCUUAGACAUUCUGAGCCUACCACAGAGGAACCUCCAGUCACAGCACCAUGAACCAACGAGCUGUUCUUAUUUUCUGUCUUAUCUUUCUGACUCUGAGUGGAAUUCAAGGAAUACCUCUCUCUAGAACACCACGCUGUACCUGUAUCAAGAUUAGUGAACUAUCUGUAAAUCUAAGGUCCUUAGAAAAACUUGAAGUGAUUCCUGCAAGUCACUUUUGUCCACGUGUUGAAAUCAUUGCUACAAUGAAAAAGAAUGGGGAGAAAACAUGCCUGAAUCCAGAGUCUAAGACCAUCAAGAAUUUAGUGAAAGCAAUUAGCAAGGAAAGGUCUAAAAGAUCUCCUUGAACACAGAAGCAUAAUCACCGUACUGACAAAGAUGGACCAGAAAGAGACUACCUCUGCCAUCAUUUCCCUACAUUCUUGUCAAGCCCUAAUUGUCCCUGGAUUGCAGUUCUCCUAAAAGGUGACCAACCACUGUCACCAAAUAAGCUGCUACUACUCCUUGAGGGAGGUGGAUGGUUCAUUACCCUGAGCUGUUUAGUACGAACUCUGCUCUGGCACUGUAAGCUAAAGGUGCUACAUUUUUAGUGAAUGUACCAGGUCCUAGCCCUGCUACUAACACUUUCCUCACCUUUCAUAUCUUCUAAAGGUUAUUAAAGAUAUUCCCACCUCUGGGUUUAUCAAAGUUCUCAGAACUUAAAAAAAACAAAUAGCCAUAAUACAAUAUGCUUUUUUAAGAAAGAUCUCUACUCCAUGGAAUUCUACUGCUAUCCUCCCAAGGGGCCCAUAUUCUUCCAGUGGUUAUAUAUACACAAUUCCAAAUACAUAAAAGAAUCUAAAAAUGUCUGAAAAUGUAUGUGAAAAUACUAUUAUUUAAUGAAAACUGCACAAAGUUGAGUUCUCAGAUGUACAUAUGUCUUAUAUUGUUUUCGGUGUGUAUGGAAUAACUUGUGUAAUGAAGUACUAAACAUGAAUGAAUAAAAAAUUUUAAGUCUAGAUAUAUACUAUGCAUGUUAUGUAAGGCAUACACUGGAUGUUUUUCAAAAUAAAAAUGCUGUACUCCUUUA